GGGAGCCCCUGCCCUUCCGCCAUCCUCGGGGAUCUCGCUGCGGGGACAAGGGGUGCGGGGAUUGCAACUGACCAGCGCCAGCCACACCCCCGCACGGCGUGGGGGUUGCACACGCUGCCCCUUGAACUAUUCCUUCCUUAUCAACACAUUCCAACCAGUCUCCAGUUCCAGGGGUGUUUUAAUAUUCUCUGAAACACACUCAUGGCAGGGAAUAUGUUAUCUUCUCCGCCCCCUCUUUUGCAAGAAAGUGAGAGAGCUUUGGGGCUUAGGCAGAACGUCUACAUUUAGCUAUUUUAAUACUAUCAACAUUUUUUAUUUUGAAACUGAUCACGCUACCUCAGUUCAAUUUUAAUGGAGGGCAAAGACAAGCAUAUGAAAUGGGCUCACUGACUUCUCUUGUUAUCGUGGAUGUCUGGAUGUUCUAAUUCAUGGAUGUUGCAAGUACAUCUGUGGUUAUAAAUUGAAAUGUGCGACGAUAUCAGAGACAGGUGGCAUGCUGGACAGAAGUGUCUUGCCCCAUCUCCUGAAAGUGGGAAACUGUGUGAAGCCACAAUAAAGUCAGUUGAAACAGACAAGAAUGGGACAUCAUUUGCAAUUGUAUCAUUUUUGGGGUCUGAAGAAAAGAACAUCAUAAUAACAAAACUCUGUAAAGCCAGAGCUGGUAAAGAUCCCCGGAAUAGCUUAAUAUUUGAUGAUGAAGAUUUGGAAAAGCCUUUUUUCCCUGACCAAAGGCUUCCGUCUCCUGCAGUUGCUUUUGAGUUAUCUGUAGAUGGGGACUGUAUCCCUUAUACAAUUAAUAGGUAUCUGCGUGAUUAUCAAAGAGAUGGGGUUCAGUUUCUCUAUGGACACUAUGCUCGUAAAAGAGGAUGUAUUCUUGGAGAUGACAUGGGACUUGGAAAAACAAUACAGGUCAUUUCAUUUCUGGCUGCAGUACUAUGCAAAAAGGGAACACGUGAAGAUAUUGAAAACAAUAUGCCAGAGUUUUUAUUGAGGACCAUGAAAAAAGAACCAACAUAUAUCCCCAAAAAGACUUUCCUGAUAGUGGCCCCUCUUUCUGUGCUUUAUAACUGGAAGGAUGAGUUGGACACUUGGGGCUAUUUCAGGGUCGCUAUUUUACAUGGCAGUAGAAAGGACAAUGAACUGAGUCGUAUCAAGCAGGGAAAGUAUGAGGUUGCUCUAACAACAUAUGAGACGCUUCGCCUAUGUUUGGAUGAACUUAACAGCCUAGAAUGGUCAGCUGUCAUUGUAGAUGAAGCACACAGAAUCAAGAAUCCAAAGGCUCAAAUAACCCAGACUAUGAAGGCUUUAAAAUGCAAUGUUCGUAUAGGUCUUACUGGAACCAUUCUUCAGAACAACAUGAAAGAACUAUGGUGCGUCGUGGACUGGGCUAUACCCGGACUUUUAGGUAGCAGAACACAUUUCAAGAAGGAAUUUUCUGAUCCAGUGGAGCAUGGCCAGAGGCACACCGCAACUAAAAGAGAGCUAGCAACAGGUCGAAAGGCCAUGCAGAAGCUAGCAAGAAAAAUGUCUGGCUGGUUCCUGAGACGUACUAAGGCUUUUAUUAGUGAUCAGUUGCCAAAGAAGGAAGACAGAAUGGUAUACUGUUCCCUAACAGAGUUCCAGAAACAAGUAUAUCAGGCUGUGUUGGCAACAGAAGAUGUGAGCUUAGUACUGCGAGCAUGGGAGCCCUGUAGUUGUAGCAGUGGCCGUAAAAGGAAGAAUUGUUGUUACAAAACAAAUGCCCAUGGUGAAACAAUGAGGGCACUGUAUUUCAGUUACCUGACAAUCCUUCGGAAGGUUGCUAAUCAUGCUGCUCUACUACAGACCGAAAACACCAGCAAACUUCAGGAAGAACAUAUCAAAAGGGUAUGCAACCAGGUAUUUUCCAAGUUUCCAGAUUUUGUCCAGCUGAGCAAAGAUGCAGCCUUUGAAACAAUUUCUGAUCCAAAGUACAGUGGGAAAAUGAAGGUCCUUCAACAGCUUUUAAAUCACUUCAGAAAAAACAAAGAUAAAGUUCUUCUCUUCUCCUUUUCCACCAAGUUGCUAGAUGUGCUGGAACAAUACUGUAUGGCAUCUGGGCUAGAUUACCGAAGACUUGAUGGAAAUACAAAGUCAGAGGACCGGGUCAGGAUAGUGAGAGAGUUCAAUAGCACGCAAGAUGUUAAUAUUUGCCUUGUUUCUACAAUGGCUGGUGGACUGGGUCUCAAUUUUGUUGGAGCCAAUGUCGUUAUAUUGUUUGAUCCAACAUGGAAUCCAGCAAAUGAUCUUCAAGCCAUUGACAGAGCCUAUAGGAUUGGCCAGUACAGAGAUGUGAAAGUGUUUAGAUUGAUAUCCUUGGGGACCGUGGAGGAGAUGAUGUACUUACGGCAGGUUUACAAACAGCAACUUCACUGUGCGGUAGUUGGAAGUGAAAAUGCCAAGCGAUAUUUUGAGGCAGUGCAAGGAUCAAAGGAACAUCAAGGCGAGCUUUUUGGGAUCCAUAACCUCUUCAAGCUUCGAACCCAGGGGUCCUGCCUUACAAAAGACAUCCUGGAGAGGGAGGGUCAAGUGGAAGCAGGAGUCAUGACAGCCACUACGUGGCUAAAGGAGGAGCCACCAUCAUGCAGGUUAGAAAUGCAUGCAGAGCCAGGUUGUGAAGAAGAUAAAGCUCCUCUCAAAUCUAGAGAACAACUGGAGAAAGAGGAAUUUGAUUUUUAUAGUGACUUUAGUGAUGAUGAACUUGUGGGAAGCUCAAAAACAAAAAAAAGCAGAUUUUGCAAUGCAAAUGACAUGCUAAUUUCACAGAAACAGCUCACCUUAAUGCAGUGUGGUUUUCCUAAACUGUUAGAGAGAGGAACUAAAGCUACUGAGGUCAUUGAUAGUAAUGGUGCAUCUGAUCAAGAAAGCACAGAUGCCUUGUCUGUGGGCCAAAGAUCAAAUGUAGAUGUCAAGUGCAUUGGUCUUCAGAAAAGUAGAAACUAUAACAGUAUUUUGAGACAUCAGAGAACCACUGAGUCACCAAAUAAAACUGAAAAACAAGAUAUGCGUUGUGUGAUUGUAGCCCCAGAUUGGCCUGUUUCUUCUGACUCUGAGGGAAAAAAGGACAUUGAAAAUAAAAAUGAAGAUCAGUGCAUUUCAAAGGAAAUUGGUGUAGUCAUGGAGACUGAAGGCAGCUCUGAAGAGAGUGAUGAUAUCAUUUUUCCUUCCCAAGUUCCAGCUCACCAAGAAACUGCUCCUGCUAAAAAUGUUAAAAGAUGCGAGGCUGUAUCAGAAAAAUUGGAAGGGUCAGAUACAGAAAAGACCACUAAACAUACACCUAAUGGAGACUCUUUGGCCUGUAAACAAUCUCUGUUCCGUAAUACUGGGUCAGUCUUUACCAAAACAAAGUCUUGGAAAAAUGCCCAAAAAAUCACAACAUAUGUGAAAGGCACUAGUGACAUAAGUGAUGAGUCUGAUGAUCUUGAAAUACCCAUAUGGUCCAAAUCAAGAAACCAGAAAGCCUUCACUGCUCUUGGGUUGAGACAAAAAUGUGACCGAAAUAAGGAGUUCUGUAACUCUUCCAAAACUGUGCUGCAGGCGAACAAGCCAAACAAUGGAGAAAAGGAAACGGAUUCACAGAAUAUAGGUGAAUUUUCAUCCUCUGAAGAUGAUUCACCAGUCAAGAAAAUUCACUUAAGUAAGCAAAGUCAUAAGCACAAAAAACAGAGACGCAGAAUUCAGUUUGACCCCAAAUCAGCCUGCCGUGUUAGAGGUGCCUCAGUUACAGUGUCGACACCCAGUCACUCUCGUGUGCAUAAGACCUCUAGAAGUAAGAGAGCAUGUGUCAAUCAAGAAGAAAAUGUGGGAUCACUGGACAAUUUUUUAGAUGGUGUUCAAGAAGUGGCUUAUAUUCAUUCAAACCAGAAUGUGGUUGGAUCAAGCAAGGCUGAGAAUCAGAUGAGUAACUGGGCAGUGCGAGAUGUGUUUGAGUUGAAGCAGUUUUCCCAGCUCCCUGCUAAUAUAGCAGUCUACUGUGCCAAGAGAGAGAAGGAAACCCAAGAAGCCAUAUCAGCAAAAAAGAACAUUAAGAGAGAACAGCAAAUAAGUGACAACAGUAAGCAGUCUCACCUUUGUAUUGAACAUCCUGCAAUUCAGAAGAAAAAAAAGGUACACAGAGUAGGUGCAACCACCUUCUUGAUUGGAGAGACCCCCAAAAGCAUUCGCAGGAAACAGUUUGAAGAAAUGGUAUCCCACUUCAACAUGGCUUCAGUUGAAGAACUUGCAGAAUAUAUUGCAAAAGCCACAUCAGAAGCACGACAGAAAAUGUUGAGAGAUUUUUAUGCUGGAAAGUAUCCAGAAUUAGAGGACCUAUUUCCAGUCAAAGUUCCAGUACAUGUUUCAGAUGGGUAUGAGGAAGAAGAGGUGUUUACAAGUCGUAGAAAGAGAAGGGCCAUGGUAAAAUGUCGACAAUCAAGGUCUGGUCCUUCCGCUAAAGAUUCUCCCUUCAUGACUGCAGAAAUAUGUAGCCAAAAAAGACACAAAGGAGAAGCAAAACAGUUUCACAAUGAUUUCUGCAUACAAGAUGCUGUGUGUCUUAGUUCAAAAGAUAAACAAUUGUCCACUGUCAAUACCCAAAAUAGCAUCAGUGGGAGAAACAGUCAACCAUUCAAAGAUUUUAUGGCAACUGACUCAGUAAGCAGUAAAUCAGAAAUAAUUGAAGUGUGCUCUGUAAAUAUCACUAAAGGACAGCAGGACUCAAAGGGGACGGAAUCUCCAAGAAAAAGAUCCCUGUCUCAGUCAGAAAACAGAGAGAGAGAAACUCAGACUUACAAGAAAAACUCUUUUGUAGACUUACUAGGAGACACCUCUGUUCUCAAUGACCUCUUCAAAAGUAAUGGAAACAGGCCUACAGAGCUGCCAAGAAGAUCUCUUUCAGGGCCUGCAGAAAAAGCAAAAGAACGACCAAAAGACUUCUGGGAUGUGCUGAAUGAGCAGAAUGAUGAGAGUCUCAGAAAGCUCACAGACAUGGCAGUCAUAGAGGAGUUGUGUGAAAGAGCACCUCCUGUUGCUUUGACAAAAAAGAAAGAAGUUCAUGAAAGUUCUCUUUGGAAACAAAAUGAUAAUUUUUUAUGGAAAAAAUAUAAUCUAAGUGAUUCAGAUGAGUCUACAUCUGGUGCACACACCUUUUGAUGUCUAGAUAUGAAAGACUGAUCUUAACGCUCAGGCAAUAAAUUCAUCAGUCACACAAAUAUAGCUUAGGAAAAUUUACUGGUGUUAGUAGUAUACAUUAUGGGACAGCAUUCCAUUAUAUCUUAUUGUGACCAUUGGCCUUGGGGCAUACUGUAAGAUAUUCUAACCUAUGUUUCUCUGCAAUAAGCAAGGCGGAAAUAGUGAUGAUGUAAAUGUAGGAUCUUAGUGUAAUUUAAACCUGGCCUUGUUUGUAAUCAUAAGGGGGCCCAUAUUUGUUGUGAUCAUAGAGGCAUAAAACCAAACAAGAUAUGUUACUUCAGUAGUUCAACACUGUAGGGCAUGACUUGUGGUUUACUAAUCCAUGUCUUUAAGUCAAAUGCUGUCUUCACAGCUACUGCAAUCCAUGAGUGUAGGUACACAUUAGCUCUGUCACAUCCUACUGUGAUUUAACUCCUGCUAAUUUUAAAUUACACUUUUUUUAGUCACUUGAGUUGUUCUCUUUCGGAUUCUGAUGUGCCUAAAGUUAAAUGUAGUUCUGGGUAUCUUUCCCUCUUGUUGAAAUAUGGGAGGCUCAGGCUGUCACUCCACUCAACCGCUGCGUGGGUGGAUCCCAGCAUUCUCAAAUAAGACUGCUAUUAAAAAAGGUCGUUUUUUAAUCAGAUAAUAUGUAUCUUUCUAAUCAGAGCGUCGCAUAUAGAUUUUAAAUUAUAAUUAGAGAAUUUUUGAGGACUGAAUAACUCAGAUAAUGGAAUUUGGAGCCUUUCACUCCUGCAUGUCAUUUAUUGAAACUAGUCACUCACCUAUGCAAAAUAAGUUGGAGGCCUCACUUAUGAUUCCUUGUAUUUUUCUGGUGGGCAAGUACCCAUAUCACAAAAACCUUCUUCAUCGCCACAGUUUCCAAGUAGUUAAGAUAUUCAGCUAAUACCACAGGCAGGGAUGCUUUUUUUUUUUUUUUUUUUUUUUUUUUUUUCCACUCAGGUUUUUUUCAGCCAAUUUCAUAAUGAAGUUCAAGACAAAUCCAGUUAUUUUCAAUAUCCCAGGUUUAGUGUUCUCUUAGUUUAUUCUAACAUUUGAGUGUCUAAUAUGAAAAUAAAUUGAUGGGAAAAUAACUUAGAUCAAAUAUUGGUAUUUUAUAAUGCGGGGGGGAGAUAGUUCUUUCCAUCCAAAAAAUAAUUUGGUUUACAUUUUUGUAAGAAUUGUGCUCUGAAAAGAAUAAAAUGUUUUAUAUACAAUACUAAGUUGUACACAUUUAUGUGUAACAUGAACAAGAUAUUUAGAAAAGGGGGCAUGCAAUUAUAUGUGCAGCUGGAUUGUUAGAGGUGUACUUUGUUGCAUGUGCAGUUACUGUGAUUGCACUCAUAAUGACUGUAUUUGUGUAUGCAUAUUGCAGCAUGUGCAAUUGCCUGUACCUAUUUAUAAAAAUGUGGCCCUAAAAACUGAUAUCAAUAUUCACGCUUAAAACACAGUUGUGGUUACUUUUACUGUAGAACUUACAUUUCUGUUGAAGUAGUUCGGCUAUUGAAAUGAAGUCACUGCCUAUAGUACAGUAGCUUGAUCCAAAAUGGCUGCUGUUAAAGCAGUUUAAUUGCACUCAAGCCUAAAUAGGUGAGCUUAAGAAUUACAUAGUCUAGAGGCUCCUGGAAAGAAUUAUGAUAUUGUUGUAGCGACACAGGAGUGGGAUUCAGAUGUGAUUUUUGUUUUCAUGUCUGCUACACAUUUUGUGACAACUUGGGCAAGUCACUGAAUCUCUGCACUUCAGUUUUCACAUCUCUAAAACAGAGAUCUACCUGUGUAAUAAAUUGUGUUAGAUGGGCAUGCAGGUCUUUGUUUCACUCAACCACCUCACGCGGAUAAGAAUUACAAAAGCUUACUAUCUUUGUCACAUGGGUCAGUAGUAUGGAUUGGAGUCGCUGUUGUUAUACCUUAUUUUGAAAAUCAAAUGCUAAUAAAACAUGAUACCAAUUAGAAAAAACCUAUCAACUAAUACAACCAAUUAUAAGAAAAGCAAAACAAUGUCUUGUAUGGAGAUCAAGAUAGAUGACAAAAGUUGGAAUUAUUUUGUCUUUUAGUGGUAUCUAUUGGGGCUGUCAAGUGAUUAAAUAAAUGGUAUUCUAUUAUUGUUUAACAGUGCGAUCAAGCACGGUUCAUUUUUUAAAUUGUGCGAUUCAUUUUUUUAAAUAU